AUGGACAACAUCUCUACAGUGACUCUUUUAUUUACAGCACUUAAUGAGUCUGAUAGGAUGAGCAGGUUAACUAUAUUUGCUUUUACCCUUACUGGUUUUUUAACAACAGUUAUUCUCAAUUUUAUGUUGAUUCUAAUUAUUGUAAUAGAGAAACCCCUACAUAAACCCAUGUACAUUUUUUUGUGUAAUUUGUGUGUUAAUGGUUUGUGUGGAACUGUAGCAUUUUAUCCAAAGGUUUUAUAUGAUUUAACCAUGCAAAUCAGUCUAGUCUCAAUUCAAGAAUGCAUUGUUCAAAGUUACGCCAUUUUCAUCUAUGGAAUAGGAGAAUUUACAAAUUUGAGCAUAAUGUCACUUGAUAGGUAUCUAGCAAUAUGCAGACCCCUAUAUUAUCACACUGUUAUGACCCAUGUGACAGUAUUAAAAUUAAUAAUGUUCAUUUGGAUGUUUCCAUGCUGCACCACUUUAGUGAUCAUUUUAAUGGAAGCUAGGAAUCCCAUAUGUGGACAGUAUGUAAAUAAACUGUACUGUGGAAGCUUUCACCUAGAAACACUUGCUUGCAAUGCACACAUUUCUGAAAUAAUAAUCAAAUGGAUUUUUUUUUGUUUACUGAACAUUCUGGUGUCAUUUGUGUUUUUGUCCUAUGCAAAGAUAAUAAUAGCCUGUAAGCGAUCUAAACUGAAACAAAAUAAGUUCAUGAGCACAUGUGUACCACAUUUGAUAUCAUUCUCAAAUUUCAUGGCAUUAUCACUGUUGGAUGCUACACACACACAAUUUAAAUUAGAUAUUCCCCAAAUGUUACAAAACUUUAACUCAGCUGUGUUUUUAAUUUUUCCCCCUGUUGUUAAUCCCAUAAUAUAUGGAAUAAAAUUAAGUCCAAUCAGGACACAAAUAAUACUUUUUGUCCAAAGAUUACUUUUUAAUGUUACUUAUAACUCUUUUAGUUUCCCUAAACAGAAAAGCCUAAAAUGA